AUUUACUGUUAGUGAGAAAUCUUUGGUUUACGCUUAGAUUCAUUCAACUGUAGUACCUUCUUGAGUGAGAACCAGCUUUUCCUCUCAGCAGAAAACGGUGCAUACUGUUGAAGAUUCUUACAAGGUAAACUUUGGGGAAAUUCCGUCAGUGAAGAAGAAUAAAAACUAAUGGAUCAGCUCAAUGGUUCUGCCAAUCUUAUGAUAGUUUCAGAUCUUGAUUUCACAAUGGUAGACCAUGAUGAUCCCGAGAACCUAGCUCUUCUAAGGUUUAAUGCACUAUGGGAAGCUUAUUAUCGUCAUAAUUCUCUUCUAGUCUUCUCCACUGGGAGAUCGCCUACUAUAUACUGCGAGCUAAGAAAGCAGAAACCUUUAUUGACCCCUGACAUAACAAUAAUGUCCGUGGGAACUGAGAUUACAUAUGGUGAAUCCAUGGUACCAGAUGACAGAUGGGAACAUUAUCUGAAUCAUAAGUGGAACCGAGACAUAGUGUUGGAGGAAACAGCUAGGUUACCUGAGCUUGUUCUUCAAUCUGAAACUGAGCAAAGGCCUCACAAGGUUAGCUUUUAUUUGGAUAAAACGAAGGCCUCAAAAGUCAUGCAAACUCUUUCGAGAUGUCUUGAAAAACGUGGGUUAGAUGUGAAAAUUAUAUAUAGCAAUGGUAUUGCUUUGGAUAUAUUACCCCAAGCUGCUGGCAAAGGACAGGCUCUUGAAUUUUUACUGGGAAAGUUAAAAGCUGAUGGAUCAGGACCACUCAACACUCUUGUUUGUGGUGAUUCUGGAAAUGAUGCUGAACUCUUCACUGUGCCUGGAGUAUAUGGUGUCAUGGUAAGUAAUGCACAGGAAGAGUUGCUUCAGUGGUAUGCUGAAAAUGCAGCAGGCAGUCCUAAACUCAUUCAUGCAACUGAGAGGUGUGCAGAUGGUAUUAUCCAAGCAAUUAGUAAAUUCUCUUUAGGUCCAAAUGUGUCUCCAAGAGAUAUUAGAGACUCUAUGUACAACAGGAAAUCUCUUAGGCCUUGCCAUGAGGUAGUGAUGUUCUACUUGUUUUAUGAGAGAUGGAGGCGUGCAGAGGUUGAAAAUUCUGAGGAGUAUGUGCAAUAUUUAAAAUCAAUCAUUCAUUCCACUGGAAAUUUUGUCCAUCCCUCUGGAGUUGACCAACCUAUACACCAGCUAACAGAUACUAUAGUAAAUUUGUUUGGUGACAAGCAGGGAGUAGAAUUCCGGGUUUGGGUUGAUCGUAUAUCUACUUCCAUGGUUAGUUCAGGCUCAUGGCUAGUCAAAUUUGACAAGUGGGAGUUAUCAGGGAACGAGUUGAGGUGUUGUUCAACAAAGGUUUUGGUGAAUUCGAAGAUUGAUGCAGAGGAUCAGUUUACCUGGAUGCACAUACAUCAGACUUGGGUGGAUGGCUUUGGAGAAAAGGAUGAUAUGUCUUGGGUUAUCUAGAUUACUAAAGAUUUACUAAUUAACUCUGCUAAUCAUAAAUACAAAUAUAGCAGAGAGAGAAACUUUGGUAGGAAGUUCGAAGCAGAAAUAAUUACUUAUGCUGAAAACAGAAAAUUCUUGUUGUAGUUUUUUAUACUUCACAAAUCCGUCUUUAUCCAUCUGUCUUGAUAUCUUUGACUUUAUAUUUCUUUUUUAAGAACAUAAUCCAAACACAACCUUUACA